AUGUCGACGGUCGACGGCGAGCCCCGCGCGGUGAUGAUUCCCAUUGCCGACGGAACGGAGGAGAUCGAAGCUAUCGCAGUGGCAGAUGUGCUCACACGCGGCGGGAUGAAGGUGACGCUCGCUAGCGUCGGGCGCAAGCUGCAGAACAUUGUGACUAUGUCGCAAGGCACGAAAGUGCAAGGCGAUAUCGCCAUCGAGGCCUGCGUUGACCUCAGCUUUGACCUUAUCAUGUGCCCAGGAGGACCUGGCGCGCAGCACCUGCACGACUCGCCAGAGCUCAUAACGAUGCUUCAGAAGCAGAAGAACCAAGGUCGAUACUAUGGCGGCAUUUGCGCGGCACCCGCGGUUGUGCUCCUCCCCCACGAAUUGCUCGACGACGGCCCCGCCACGACCUACCCCAGUUACGAGUCCAAGAUGACCGGCGUGGACUUACGCACCGAAGAGCGCGUGGUAGUGAACGGCAAGUGCGUGACCAGCCAAGGCCCUGGAACUGCUAUCGAAAUGGGCCUGAAACUUGUUGAGCUGCUCUGUAGCGAGGAGAAGGCGAAGAGUGUGGCCCAAGCACUGGUUGUGUAA